UCCGCUUCACGGCUGUGCCCCCACGGCACCCCACCACCACGACCAUGGCAGUCCCAUAGCUGCUUGGUGGGGGGCUCGGGGUGACCCCUCCUCCUCCUCCAGCUCUUCCUCGGCUCCUCGAUGUCCAAACCCGGCCGAGGUUAAUUUUCGGCGUUGCUCCGGGGCUGGGGGCACUUCUGCAGGCGGCAGGCCCCGCUGUCCGCCCGUGGAGGGGGUCCUCGGCGAGCGAAUGUUCAGGGGGGCCUGGUGCACUCCCCAAGCGGGGAGGUGCCUUGGGGCGGUGGCGGUGCCAGACCCUACCCCGCACCCCCGGACGUUGGCACAGCGGCUCUUGCACCAUCCUCCUUCCUGCCUCGGCCCUUGCGCAGCGCCGGGGCGUCCCGCCGGGGCUCCAUGGGGGCAGCCUGCCAGCUCUUCCCAGGGAAGGGAUGCUCAGCUCCUAGCGCCCCGGGCGUGCUGAGGAUGUCGGCCGUCCCCGAGCCCCUGGGCCGCCCGCGGAGCAGCUCCUUCCGCAGCCUGGGCGGGACGCUGGAGGCCACGCUGGGCAUGGGGCCGCUGGAGGCGGACCGGGAGGAGAUGCGCAUCCUCAAGGUGUGCUUCUACAGCAACAGCUUCAACAUGGGCAAGAACUUCAAGCUGGUCAAGUGCCCGGUGACGACGGAGAUACGGGAGGUGAUCAAGUCCAUCCUGGUGAGCGGCCGCAUCGGGCCCGACAUCAAGCUGGCCGAGUGCUACGGGCUGCGCCUCAAGCACGUCAAGUCGGACGAGAUCCACUGGCUGCACCCCGAGCUGACGGUGGGCGAGGUGCAGGAGAAGUACGAGUGCCUGCACCUGGAGGCUGAGUGGAGGUACGACCUGCAGAUCCGCUACCUGCCCGAGGACUACAUGGAGCGCUUCACAGAGGACAGGACCACGCUGCUCUACUUCUACCAGCAGCUCCGAAGCGAGUACAUGCAGAACUACGCCAGCAAGGUGAGCGAGGGCAUGGCCCUGCAGCUGGGCUGCCUCGAGCUCAGGAGGUUUUACAAGGACAUGCCCCAAAACGCGCUGGACAAGAAGUCCAACUUCGAGUUCCUGGAGAAGGAGGUGGGCCUGGACCUCUUCUUCCCCAGCCAGAUGCAGGAGAACCUGAAGCCCAAGCAGUUCCGCAAGAUGAUCCAGCAGACCUUCCAGCAGUACGCGCUGCUGCGCGAGGAGGAGUGCAUCCUCAAGUUCCUGCACACCCUCGCCACCUUCGCCAACAUCGACCAGGAGAGCUACCGCUGCGAGCUCAUCCAAGGGUGGAACAUCACGGUGGACCUGGUCAUUGGGCCCAAGGGCAUCCGGCAGAUGACGAGCAAGGAAGCCAAGCCCACCUGCCUGGCCGAGUUCAAGCACAUCAAGUCCAUCAGGUGCUCCAGCGUGGAGGAGGGCAGGGCUGUGCUGCAGCUGGGGCUCAGUGGCACCCCCCAGUCCCUGUCCAUCAAGACAUCGUCGCUGGCCGAGGCGGAGAACAUGGCUGACCUCAUCGACGGCUACUGCCGGCUGCAGGGGGGCCUGGAGACCUCCCUCAUCGUCUUCCCCAGGAGAGAAAAGGAGAAGAGGAGCAGCCUGCCGCGGAUCCCCAGCCCGCACCUGGAGGAGCGGCACUCGGUGCUGGCCGACAGCGUGAGCGUGGACUCCGAUAUUUACGCUGAAAUCCCCGACGAGUCCUCAAGACCGAGGUCUGGAGUGCAGCACUACGGGAUCUGCCGGGAGGACGUCACGCUGGGCAGGAUCCUGGGGGAGGGCUUCUUCGGAGAGGUGUACGAGGGCACCUACACCAACCCGAAGGGGGAGCGGGUCAACGUGGCCGUGAAGACCUGCAAGAAGGACUGCAGCCCCGAGAACAGGGACAAGUUCCUGAGCGAGGCGGUGCUGAUGAAGAAGCUGGACCACCCGCACAUCGUGAAGCUGAUCGGCAUCGCGGAGGAGGAGCCCACCUGGAUCAUCAUGGAGCUCUACCCCUACGGGGAGCUGGGGCAGUACCUGGAGCAGAACAAGCACUGCCUCGCCGUGCCCACGCUCAUCCUCUACGCGCUGCAGAUCAGCAAGGCCCUGGCCUACCUGGAGGCCAUCAACUGCGUGCACAGGGACAUCGCCGUGAGGAACAUCCUGGUGGCCUCCCCGGAGUGCGUGAAGCUGGGCGACUUCGGGCUCUCCAGGUACAUCGAGGACGAGGAGUACUAUAAAGCGUCCGUCACCCGUCUCCCCAUCAAGUGGAUGUCCCCCGAGUCCAUCAACUUCCGACGCUUCACGACGGCCAGCGACGUCUGGAUGUUCGCCGUGUGCAUGUGGGAGAUCCUCAGCUACGGCCGGCAGCCCUUCUUCUGGCUGGAGAACAAGGACGUGAUCGGAGUGCUGGAGAGGGGCGACCGCUUGCCCAAGCCCGACCUCUGCCCGCCCGUCCUCUACACCCUCAUGACGCGCUGCUGGGACUACGACCCCAGCGAGAGGCCCAAGUUCAAGGACUUGGUCUGCAGCUUGAGUGACAUUUACCUGAUGGAGAAGGAGCUGGCCAAGGAGCAGGAGCGGAACAACCGCCACCGGCCUCCCAAAAUCUUGGAGCCGCCGUCCUUCCAGGAGCCGCCCCCCAAGCCCAGCAGACCCAGGUACAAACCUCCGCCCCAGAACAACCUCCUGGCUCCCAAGCUGCAGUUCCAGGAGGAAGAUUUCCUCCGUCCCAGCAGCAGGGAGGAGGCGCAGAAGCUCUGGGAGAUAGAGCGGCUGAAGAUGCGGCAGGUCCUGGACAAGCAGCAGAAGCAGAUGGUGGAGGACUACCAGUGGCUGCGGCAGGAGGAGAAGUCCCUGGACCCAACGGUGUUCAUGAACAACAACACCCCUCUGAUGCUGCCGGAGAAGGAGAUGGAUUACACGGAGUUCACGGGGCCCCCCCAGAAGCCUCCAAGACUCGGGGCGCAGUCCAUCCAGCCGGCCCCCACGGCCAACCUGGACCGCACGGACGACACGGUGUACAGCAACGUCAUGGACCUGGUGCGGGCUGUCCUGCAGCUGAAGAACGAGAUCAGCCUCCUGCCCCCCGAGGGGUACAUCCUGGUGGUGAAGAACGUGGGCCUGUCCCUCCGCAAGCUGAUCGGCAGCGUGGACGAGAUCCUGCCCAUCCUGCCCGCCACGUCCCGCACCGAGAUCGAGGGGACCCAGAAGCUGCUCAACAAGGACUUGGCCGACCUCAUCAACAAGAUGCGCCUGGCGCAGCAGAACGCCGUCACCUCGCUGAGCGAGGAGUGCAAGCGGCAGAUGCUGACGGCCUCCCACACCCUGGCCGUGGACGCCAAGAACCUCCUGGACGCCGUGGACCAAGCCAAGGUCCAGGCCAACCUGGUGAAGCUGUGCUUGGAGUGAGGGCAGGGGCGGAGAGAGGGAAGGAGAAGGGGUGGGGAAGGAGAGGAGGAGAGGCAGCGCCGCGCGCCGGUCGGCGGAGAAGGGAGGAGAGCAUCGCGGAGGAGCUGGCUUUUGUGUGUCUCCUGUGGCCUCGCCGCCCUGCCCUCCCUGUCCCCCCUCCUCCCGCAGCUGCUCGUGUCUUUAGCAUCAUCUUGUCGGUCGUCUGAAGAAGGGAGGCACCUGGUGACUCGUCCCUCAAAAGGGCCAGGGGGGUCCUGGCUGUCCCCAAGGGCAGACAAAGGUCCCUUCGGCUCGGAGGAACCCACUCCCAGCCAGCAACGGGUCCGUGCAUCCGUCUGGCGGGGGUCCGUGUGUCCAUCCGGAGGGUCCGUGUGCCCAUCCCGUGGGUCUGUGUGCCCAUCCCGUGGGUCCAUGUGCCCAUCCCGUGGGUCUGCGUGUCCGUCCAGCGGGUCCGUGUGUCCGUCCCUCGGCCCCUCCGAGGGGCAGCGCAUGGUGGGGAGGGGUCCCACACCCCACUCCUCGGCGCCGGGAGCCGGGGACACGGUGACCGGGGGAGCUGGCUUCCCGGGGGGAGCCCCAGCGUGCUCACUGGAGGGGCUGUCUGCAUUUCCCUGUGCGUUGUACCGGACAUUUAUUUAACGAGGGGCGCGGGGCCGUGCGCUGCCUCGGGUCGGGUCUCGCACCCGGAGCGUGCCCGGCCCCGGCCUGGGGAACGCAGGGGUUUGGGACCCCGUCGGUGCCACAACCCGGCCGGGAGAAAGGGGGCCUCCUCCAGCCGAGUUUACCCCGAGCUGCUCUGCGUAAGCGACAACAGCACCGAAGUCUCUGUUCGGAUUGUGCUUGAGUUGGAAAUCGUACGGUUCGGGCUUUUCCCCAGCAUCUUCCCACAACGCUGCUCGUUUUGGCUGAGAUAAACCAUGCACCAAGCCCC